UGCCAAUUUUAAAGUGAUACAUGCUGCUUGUUUUCAGGUUGUAUUUUAAUAGUAGCGCACAACCCGCGGAUCUCAGACCACGACCCAGGGGACAACCACUCCAAGGGACUCACACGGAACUUACUUCACCCGCGACGUCAAUCCAGUCAGUGUCUUUGUGGACAUUCAUUAGAGGAUGCAACUUUUUUUUUUAAAGGAUUAAUGCUGAACGACACGGCGGAUCAGCCCGUGAAACGUGCGUCUCCAGAAGGCGCGCGGGUGUCCAGCGCAUUGCCCACCGCGUCGAUGUGGAGAAGCUGAGGCGGUUUCUCCAUCGUACCCCGUCGCAAGUCAGGUCUCUCUGUGUGGUUCCGUUUUAGGGGAGGAGGGGGCGGUUCUUUGCGCACGGGCGUCCCGGUGCGUCGUCGCACGGACAUCGAAGAAAUGAUCCUCUGAGCUGCACUGUUGCUCCCCCUGUGUCGCCUCACCUCUCUGCAGCAAACCGGCCUGGAAGCGGUCCCAUGCGCCCCCGACCCACCGGGCGCGUUCUAAGGUUGGACCAUCAGUCAGCGGAGGGUCACAGCCACUGAAACACAAGCCGCCCGCCUGGCGAGAGUCGAAGGUCUGCCAUCGUCCGUCCACACUGGGGUGAAGACACGCGGGAGACUUACACUGUAGCGCCACCGCCUCUGUGUGUGUGUGUGUGUGUGUGUGUGUGUGUGUGAGGUUGUGUCAAGGUGGGGAGUUGAGAGGAAGACGGGACCCAUCCAAGUCAGCAAAACCCAGCCAUCUACUGCGUGUGUGUGUGUGUGUGUGUGUGUCAGGGAUAAGCAGUGCAGCACUUGUGUGUGUGUGUGUGUGUGUGUGUGAGAGGGGCUGUUGGUGACCAGGCUAUGAGUGCGUCUCAGAGGGAGAGACCGUUGGAUGCUGAGCAGAGCUGAAGGAGCGGACCAGGAGAACCUUGAGAGGAGCAGCCAUGGGGCUCGGACAGUCCAGCAAGGCGGCGCUCGCCGAGGACACAGACGAGGUAAAUUUCGACAACUUCCAGAUCCUGAGGGCAAUAGGGAAAGGGAGCUUUGGAAAAGUCUGCAUUGUACAGAAGAAGGACACUAAGAAGAUGUACGCCAUGAAGUACAUGAACAAGCUGAAAUGCGUGGAGCGGAACGAAGUGAGGAACGUCUUGAAAGAGCUGCAGAUAAUGCAGAACCUUGAGCAUCCGUUCCUGGUCAACUUCUGGUAUUCCUUCCAGGAUGAGGAGGACAUGUUCAUGGUGGUGGACCUGCUCCUGGGAGGAGACCUGCGUUAUCACCUCCAGCAGAACGUCCACUUCUCAGAGAGCACCGUCAAGCUCUACAUCUGUGAGCUGGCCUUGGCGCUGGGAUACCUCUGUACCAAGCGCAUCAUCCACAGAGACAUCAAACCUGACAACAUCCUGCUGGAUGAACACGGACACGUCCAUCUGACAGACUUCAACAUCGCCGCCAUUGUGAAGGAGGACCUGAAGGCGACGUCCAUCGCUGGGACCAAGCCCUACAUGGCUCCUGAGCUGUUCCAAACCUUCGAGGGGUCCCACCCGGGCUACUCCUUCUCUGUCGACUGGUGGUCGCUGGGCAUCACAGCGUACGAGCUGCUCAGAGGACAGAGACCUUAUGUGAUGAGAUCCUGUACACCUGCUAAUGAGAUCCUCCAGACCUUCCACAAGGUCCACCCCAGCUACCCGGCAGCCUGGUCUUUGGAGAUGAAGUCUCUACUCAGAAAGCUGCUGUGCAUAAAUGUCCAGAAGCGCAUUUCGUGUCUAGCAGAGCUGCAGGAUCUGGACUACAUGUCACCUGUCAACUGGGACGCUGUGCUCAGCAAACAGCUUCCACCGGGCUUUAUUCCCAAUAGGCGGAGACUAAACUGUGACCCCACAUUUGAGCUGGAGGAAAUGAUCCUGGAGUCCAAACCACUUCACAAGAAGAAGAAACGGCUCGCAAGAAAAAACAAGGAGCAGGGAUCUGACGGGUCUCCACAGAACGGUCAGCUGCAGCAGAGAUUGGAUAAUGUCCACAGAGACUUCAUCGUCUUCAACAGAGAAAAAUCAAAGAGAGCGGUGGACUCGGCGGUCUCCUCUGAGCUGUCCACGAGCGAGAAGAACAAGGCGAUCGAGGACGGCCAGAACAACAACGUCGAACCGGCUGCAUACUUAUCAGGAUAGCGCGCCGUGACCCCAAACCUAAUCCCCCUUACCACUUGCACCUGCCCACAGCUUGUAGAUCAGCAGUUCACACAACGACACACACCCUCCUGUCGGCACAGGCACUCAUCUCUCAUGUUCCUUCCCCCCAAAACAACAACACAUCCAGAUCUGCAGAUGUGCGCCAGCGUAAUGGACUCCUUGAGGAGAAGCCAUGCAAGGCCGAGGCUUUUUUUUUUUUUCGCGCUUUGCCGUCGCAAAAGAAGGACGACUCUCAGCAGAGUGUCACUGGUGUCACACUCGUCUACAUCACUCCGGUGCUCAGCGGUCCGCUCGGCCUCCACUCUGGGCGGCGAGCUGAAUUGGAAAGGAGGUCACCCUCCCCCUUUCCAAAAAACGAGGAGGAGACAAUGCCCCACCUGCUCGGCUGUUUCACUGAUAAUGUCUGACGUGGUUGUCGGUGCGUUGCGCCCACGUGCUGCCGCUGACUCGGGCGGGACACUCGGAUGACUGUUCUCAGUCGGCGCAUUCGGUUGGUUCCAGUUAUUUCAACACGACAGGGGUUCUCCAGUGCGACGGAAAUGGACCCGACGUGAUGGCGGACUUGAGCACGAGACUAAGAGUACGACGCGUUCAAUCGGAGAGGUUAAUAAAGGUGUAUUGAGGUCUUUUUUUAUUUUUAAGAGCGCAACCACAGAUUCCUCUCAGAUAGAAAAUGAAGAGCUGAACUGUAGGCUUGGGCAUGAAUGGCUCACUUUAUUAUAGCAGCAGAUCCAUGGUUGUAGCGGUCAUUAUGCUUAGCUUAGCUAGUCAGGCUAUCAAAGGCAUUUUGUGCAAUGUCCCAGGGUGCGAGUUUUAAUUUCCCUUCUAAAUGCUCCUAGUUACUAUUGAGUCAAAACUAAAUUUGAAAUGCAUUUGGCUCAAAAUGUUUUUACGGUUAACCUUGAGGAUUCAUCCUCGACCUUGGAUGUUUUAUGAAGUCGCUGACGUUAAGCCCACCAGGUGUGGCGGAAAGCUCGGGGUGAAAAAAGAACUUUACUGAUCAGGCUGCGUAUGACCAGCGGGGUCCUUCGAUAGACUUAUAAAGCCAUGAAAAUGUAGAAAUAGGUUGACGGUAGGUGUUAUAUGUUUUGCACUGAAUCUUGCUUUGCACAUGCUUCCUCAUCAACUGCAGCAUUUAUGCACAGAGAGACUAAAAAAAUCCAAAGCUGUGAGUGAACACUAAUUCCCUUAGGGAUGUUUUUAUAGAUAAGGAUUAAGCUGAGUCCUAGAUAAGGUUUAUUUUCAGUUGCUGUAUGCGUUUGAAUUUGUUUCUGUCCAAUAAUAUUUGUGCCCUUCCUUCUUUUGUAUUGAAUACAAACCAAUAACCAAUUACAUGUGCCACAUGUCUAUACAGUACAUUUCUAUUCAACAUGAAAUGCCCCCGUAGGGUGAUACAUUCUGGGAAAACGUUCUUGUGCAGACGGUAUUGAACAGUUAAUUUAGCCCCAGCUGGAUAACACGGCGAGGAGGAAUCUUACUAUCGAUGUUCACAUUCCCGGUUGUUUACAAGAAAACACAAAUUAAGCAAAUUAACACCAGGCCAGACAUUGCGCCUUUGUUCAUACGAUUUAAAAUGUACUCUGUCUGAAACUAUAUGUCUAAGAAACCACACCUGCCUCUGAAGCCUCAGAGGGAUGCCUUACGACGUAGAAAUGGCACACGGCUCGACCCGUCAAUCUGAAACCGGAGCUUUUUCCACAAUCAGUAAGUAAAUGUUCUCUCCACUAACGUCUGGUCAUCCUACUGACCUCAAGCUUAACUCGAUCCUUCAAAGUCUGCGACACUUGUUAUAAUAUUUAAAAUCGAUUGUUACUGUUGGCACUUUUCUAUUGGAAGUUGGUACAACUUUGUGUUGUUGUUGAUGUUAUUGUUGUUGUUGUUGUUGUUGUCAUUGAUGUAAAUUUACAGAUCCAAAAGUGGUUCCCUGUGUAGGUUAUGGGAUGUAGAGGGCUAGUUUAACAGGUGGAGUGAGCCGGGAUACACUCAAAUGGUAAUUGUGUUACUUACUUUGUCCACAUAUAACAGGUACCAGAGGAGUUGAGUUUAUCGUGACAUAAACAUCUGAUGUGGACGAUUCAAAAAGUGAAUAUUUGAAUAAUACUCGACAAAUAGUAUAUUUACCCAGGUAAUAACAUUUCUUCAACAAAACACCCCGACUUUAAAAACGUAAGCCGUGAAACCGGUUUGUUCCACACAUGUGAAGUUCAUUCCAAUUAAGGUUUUGUUGUCCUUCAGUUGUCACUUUGUGUUUAUUGUAUUGAAAUGUGAUGGAGUUGCAAACUAUUAAGGUGUGCCUUAAAAAAAUGACUUUCUUUCUCUGAACCAAUCCGACACCGCGUUGUGCUUUAUUUCACUUCACGUCUUUCUGAAUGACCAUAUUUUAUUGGCUAAGCAUUAUAAGUAAAACGGGAAUGAAAGUAUUUAAGCAAAAUCAGAAACGUGGAAGGAUUAAAAAUAAGCCGAACUAAUA